UCCCAGUUUGGUUGAACCAAUCGAUUUAGUCCAAUAUUAAAAUUAUUGCCCUAAACCCCCCACCACGCGAUACUCGCUUAUCUCGCGUGGCUUAACUUUAAACCCAUCAUCAACACUUCCCACGCUAAAGCUUAAAGUGGCGUCGUUUAACCUCUGAUAUGAUGUGUGAAGCAUCUGCAUCUUCUCAGGUAAGGCUUUUGGAUGUUGCAGCUGCCUAAGGUCCAGACCACAAAACUAGUCGUGCUGAAAUCUGAAAGAUCUCUGAAAGUUGGUAGAUUUUUUAAAAUGUCUGGUGAGCAUUUGCAAACGGCAGCAGCUGGUAACUCUGAUUUAGCAGAAACCGUCGCGAAACCUCAGGUCAUAUACCGCUGCAAAAAAUGCCGGAGAAUUAUUGCCUCUGAGGAGAACAUAGUUCCCCAUGAGCGAGGAAAGGGAGAGCAAUGUUUCAAAUGGAAGAAGAGAAGCAAUGAACCUGGGAAAAGAGAAAAGGAAGCAGCUGAAUGCUCCUCCAUAUUUGUGGAGUCUAUGAAGUGGAUGCAAUCAUUACAAGAAGGUUCUGUGGAAGACAAACUUCAGUGCAUGGGAUGUAAAGCCCGCUUGGGUUCCUUCAACUGGGCAGGAAUGCAGUGCAGUUGUGGAGCCUGGGUGACUCCUGCAUUUCAGUUGCACAAAAGCCGAUUAGACAAGUGUGAUAUAGGACUACUCUAGCCACUUCUUUUUUAUGAUAAAAAUCUAAGAAAUUGAAGUAUCAAAGGAAUAAAAACUUGUUGCAUAUAGUUACAAGAGUUUAGAUGUACAAAUGACUGAUUAUGAACUUCCUUACAAGUCUCAUUGAAAUUUUAUUGUCUUGAUGGAUAUGUAGCAUUUGGUGACUCGUAUCUUAUAUUCACCCCUUCUCUUGUUUUGUUGUUA